AUGAAUGUUACCUCCGUAAAUAGUGAUACGACAGAGAAUAAGACGUCACCCAACCAGGAGACGACUCAAGUCACUAGCGUGGAUGUUUUAAUAGCCACUCUGUGUAUCGCAUUGGCCUCCUUCAUCUGUUCACUUAACGUCCUGACCAUCCUCGUCGUAUGGCGCACUCCAGCAUUGCGUACCUUCACCGUGGCCUACGUGGUCAGUCUGGCCGUGGCGGAUUUCAUGGUUGGCCUGGAGCUGCUUCCGAUGUCCCUGUACUUCCUCCCGCCCACGCGAGUUGGACUCUUCAAUCGCAACGUCCACAUGUGCCUGCUGAUGAACGGUCUGAGCACGGGCAUGACCACUGUGUCCUUGAUGCACAUGCUGGUCAUCUCCGUGGACAGGUACAUUUACAUCGUGCGGCCGUACUACUACGAGCAAGUCAUGAGCUCUCGGCUGGUGUCCGCACUCAUAGCCUCUUCCUGGGCCAUUGGCGUUCUUCUUCUCUUCAUGCCGCAUGUCAUUCAUAAAGAUGGAAGCAAGGCAGAAACUUGUGAAAUAACAAAACUUCUGCCAACGUGGCACCUGUUCACCGGCAUCUGGACCAUGUACUUCAGCGUGUCGCUGGUCAUCUUUGUCAUGUACUCUCUCAUCUUUCUCACUGCCCUCAAACAGCGAAACGCAGUUCGCGUCACCGCUGCUGCCGUGGAAACACACACGGGGCCACACAGCCAGGUUAGCUCGGCCACUGUAGGAAAUCACAGAGGCUUCUAUUUUUUCCUUACUCUCUUCGGUGUAUUCUUCUUGUGUCUGACUCCAGUGGUAGUGGCGAUGGGUCUGGAUUGUUUUGUGCCCAUUCCUGUCACCCUCUACCGCUUCUUAGUCAUGCUGGCUAUGGCCAACUCUGGCAUGAAUUUUAUUAUAUUCGCAUUUCAGAACAAAGAGUUUCGUGGAGCUUUGAUCAAACUUCUGAACUUGAAACGAUUUCUGCCAAACAACUCUACCCGAGAUGUCAACUCUACCCGAGAUGUCAACUCUACCCGAUAA